UAUUAGUUCCUUCCCCCUAACUGUAGAAUGUACCAAGAGUGACGGUCGUCAAAGCAGCGAAUUCAUCUUAAGCCUUUCCUGAACAUCUCAGUACGUAGAUUAGCCAUCGCAAUCAUGGCUGAAAUGUCUUACACAGAGAUGCGUACCCUCGUGGGAACUCGACUCCAGUGGCUGGCAGAUAUCGGCGAAAACAACCGAGGAAUUAACGGUGGAAUGGUCCUAGAAUGGAUUGAUACGGUACUUGAAAAGAUGAGUAUGCUAGAGGAUUACCUUCAAAAAAAGAAGGAAAGCCUCAAAGCCAAACGGGCAGAGGAGAAGAAGAUCGUACAAGAUAGUAAGUUACAGCUAGAACGAAAUAGAACGGAUUUGGUAGAAAUGUGGGAUACAGUUCAGCAUCAAGCUCAGGAAAUAAACGGCAGAGCACUCAAGCAGGGAGACCUAACACGCAGGACUACCCGCAAGAUUGCUCGCUUAGAGUGCGAGGUAAUAAGACAGAGCGAAGAAGCCGAACGACUCAGCAGGCUGCUGCAAAUUUCGGAAAGCACUGCUGCGGCUCGCCAAGAUGCUCUCUCCAAAACCGUCGCACGCCUCAGGGGCCUACGUAGCCAGACUCGCAAAGCUUUCGUAACCGCAACUAGAAAUUUAGAGGUGGCCAAUAAGAAGGUAAACGAAGCAGACACGCAACUACGCGGUCAGCUACAGCUACAGAAGGAAUCCCACGAGAGCAUCGUAAGAUCUCUAGAGUCUACGAGUAUGGACGAAGUUAAGAGGCUACGAGAGUUACUGGAACGGGAACAAGAGGCCAGCAAAAGAAGCCAGCACAAGGCCGAGCAAGAACAUGCGGAGAUUGAAAGAUUGCGUGGGUUACUCGAAGACGAAAAGAAAGCUAACGCGAGCACUUCUCGGACGCUACAGGUAGAAAGGGAAGUGGCAAAAAAAGCGGCUACGAAGGCUGGAGAGGUAUACGCGUCGCUGAUAGGGGAACGAAACCCCAAAAGGCUGAAGGAGGCGGAGUCGAGGACCGGCGAAACUAACGCGGAGGUCCAAAUACUAAAGAGUAUGAUCGUAGAAGACCGCACUAAGCGACAAAUUAGGGAGGUCGACGCGAAUCCCGGUCGCUGGAUGGGCCUCCCGCUGCUACUGAAUCACCAAACGAACGCUCCAGGCGGGCCACCAGAUGGUAACGGGGUUAUAUCCUGGCCGAACGUACCAGGUCCUCUGGCGGAACGCCUAAGGCGCUUUCGGCCCAAGGUAUCUGCUCCUAGCACGAUGAGCGCAGAAGAUAUUACGAACAUCUUCAUAAAGGUAUGCGAGCAAGAGGUUGUUGCCGUUCGUCUGAGCCAGAUGUUGUCGGGGGUCCAAGUGGCGGGUUGGUAUUGCUUCGACCACGUGUGCCAGUACGGCAUACACGACGAUAGGAGCAAGGCCUCUGGGGGGUCUUGCACACAUCAUCAAAGCUGUCUACUAAUCCGGAGGCCACUAGUACAAGGAGAUUAUAACAUCCUCUGUCGCGGCGUCAGGCAGUCGGCGGCACGGCCAACGUAGAAAACUACUGUUACCUACCUAUGUACGUUAUUAAACAG